AUGGGCGAGCACAACCUCCUGAAUCCCGGCUUUGUGGGACCUCUGGUGAACAUCCACACGGGAGACACCUUCUACUUCCCCAAUUUCCGCGCCUCCGGAGGGCAGCUGCCCGGUUUGCCGUCCCUCUCGUACCCCCGGCGGGAGAACGUCUGCUCCUUGCCCUGGGCAUCGACGGAACCCUGCAACGGGUACCCGCAACCCUACCUGGGCAGCCCCGUCUCCAUUAACCCUUCCUUCGGCAGAGCCUGCGACCUCGCGCGGGUGGAGGAGAGCAAAUGUUACUACCGGGAGAGCUGCGGCGACGGCGGCGGGCUCAAGAGGGAGGAGAGGGGCAGGGACAGUGGCGGGGCCAGCGCCUUGCUGCCCCUCGAAGCCGGCCUCCCCGCUGGCAUGGGGGGGAAUUUCGGCAAAUACGAUUAUCCCAGCGCCGAGGCGGCGGCUCCUCCUCCUCCUCCCCACGACCCUCCGUCCUGCCAGUCCUUGGAGUCGGACUCCGGUUCUUCCUUGCUCAAUGAAGGGAAUAAAGGCACGGCGGGAGAAGCGGGGGGUUUGGUGUCCCCCCUGAAUCCAGGCGGCACUUUAGGCACCGGUGACCGCUAG